CAGGCAGGGGGGCAGAGUAAGACUGGAGACACCGACUGGUACUUUGCCAGUGGUCCACUCACUCCACUGCGUUAUCAGGUUCACCAAUGUUGCUUAAUUUGGAAGUCCCGGAAGCUCAGGGUUAUCUGCGCGAUUGACUGACAGGGAGCCUGGGUGCAGCGCCAGACGUAGACGAAUCUCGCCCGGGAUAUUACAAAAGCGAAAUAAAACACUACGCCAGGAUUUGAUAGGGAACUAAAAUUGAAGGUAAAUCUGUUACUUUGUUGGUUAGUUUGUUUUCAACCGAUUGUUAUGUUUUUGACGAGAUGGGAAUGGGAGGGAGAGCGACAGAGAGGUGGGGACCGAGGCGGCAGGUUUGUAGAUGGCUCGCCUCAUAGAAACGCGUGUGGUUUUACUAUUCGCUGUGUUGGCACGAGAAAAGAAGACACGGAUAGCCACAAAGGUCUGAACAAUCGCCCUUUCCAUAUUCUUUGUGUGCGGUUUGUGUGUCUUGUCUUUGUUUGUAUGGCUAGUUAAACCAUUGCGUAUUUGCGGUGUUUCAGUUUAUUCUAGAAAACGGGUAUCGCGUCAAAUAGGCUACAGUUACUGCUAGACCAUACGAAUUUGAGUAUUUUGUAUGUCGGUGUUAUUGGUGUAUGUGAUGACAACGGUAUAGCCUAUACAAUGCAGCAUGCCAAUAACGCAGGAUGAAAGUGUAAAGGAUGACAUGUCGACAUUGUUUUAUUAUAAUUAUAGUGUCGUGUGUGGCGCGGAGUCGGACCGACCUGUCACCUCAAACGCAUCAGUAAUAGUGUUUUUUUAGUAGGCCUAUAUGAUGCUAUUGUCAUACCUCUCAUACCUUGUUAUCUAUGUGAGGACACAUGAACACAACAUACUAUAGUUGUCGCACAGAAUCAGUGCACCUGUGUCACACCAACCUUGAAUGAACCUUUUGGGAACAUUAUGAAUGUUAAGAGUUUAAUAUUGAUAUUUUAGAAAUGUUAUUUAAAUGAUUAUUAACGUUUUCAAUUCUCACAUGUUAGCCUGCUGAUUAUUUUCAUAUUGGUAUAGAUAGAUUAUUACUCUCAAAUGUACAAUUCAUAUGCCCCAUAAGUAUAAGAGUUUCCAGAUCUCUCUCUCGCUCUCUUGACAAAACUCGAGUUUCAGAUUUAGAUGUUUUCCAAGAAGGGCCAUCGUCAUGUCUAAGAAUUAGAUGGUCCUUAACCCAAAGACAUUUCAGGCCUAUCAAGCACCAAUCAUAGAACCUUCAGAUUUAGAAUAAAUGACACUAUAUCACCACCACUAACUUGUAGCAGGAGCCCAAUAUAGCCCUGAGAUCAGAUACCCAGGGCAUAGAGUUAUGAGACCCUAUGGUGAUCUUGGAGUAUAAUGGCAUUCUCAUUUCAGUAGAAUAAUAACACAUCACCGAUGUCUGCUUUCACAGCUGUUAUAGGUAUACAGUAAAUCCCUCCCCUUGGGUCAGACAAUUGUUAGGUGCUUUGUUUACUACGAAACAAUAUUCCUUAUGGUGCCGCCAGUAUAUGAACCCUCUAAACCCGCUAACCUCAGGGUUCAACCUGGUCUCAGAGCAUUUCAUAUUAUUCUGUAAGUAAAUCCGAGACACUCCAUUUACAUUUACAUAUUAGUCAUUUAGCAGACGCUCUUAUCCAGAGCGACUUACAUGAGCAAUUAGGGUUAAGUGCCUUGCUCAAGGGCACAUCGACAGAUUUUUCACCUAGUCGGCUCGGGGAUUAGAACCAGCGACCUUUCGGUUACUGGCACAACACUCUUAACCACUAAGCUACCUGCCGCCCCGGUAUGUAUUGUAUGGUAUGUAUUAAUUUGUGGAUGAAUUACAAUUCAUAUUAUAUGUUACGAAUUUACUAAACAUACACUAUGUUACAAAUGUACUAACUGUACAAUAUGUUACGAUUUUGAAAAAUGUACAAUACGAAUUUGCAAAAGUAGCUAAUUAGCUAAAUUUUAAAAAGUUGUCCAUGAUGAGAUUCAAACUCGCAACCUUUGGGUCGCCCACCCAUUCACCCCGACCAAUAACCCUACUUUCGUUUUUUCCUUAAGUAAUUAUCUGUUUAUGUAACCAUACCAAACGUAACAUAUCAUACUAAUUUAAGUGUCCCAGAUUUACAUUUACUAUGUUACGUCUAGUCUAUGAGACCAAGCUGGGUUUCAAAUCCUGUGCUGGCUCUUUCCCCCCAAUCACUUUAUACAAAUAACUUACUGUAACACUGUAUAGCUGGGGUCCAACAGUGAAAGAGCUAAAAUGGCAUUCGCCAUGAGACUUUGGCCAACUCACAAUGGUGAAGAGAUGCCAUAUUCUAGCUGUUGCAUUCAGACAGUUUUCAAUGUUAAUGUUUUCAACAUAUCUUCCGGGGGAAACAAAUUAUGAAUAGGGCUGGGGCAAAUACAGUGGCAGACUGUACUCUGUUCUAUAGCAUGUUGCAAGGCUUGUGAAAUGUCUUUAUUUACAACUACAGACAUCUUGAUAUUUUGGAAUAAAGAUAGUUCAAUUGUGGCUCAUACACUCUAUGAUCAGAUAUUCAAUGUUAUUUAUGCCAGUGAGCAGAACUCUAUCCACUGAUCUAAGAUCAGUUUUCCCUGCCACUUAUACCUUAUCUCAACCAUUGGAGCACAAGCACAAAACUGACUCUGGACCAGUACUUAGACAACGCUCCCACCUAUCAGUCAUUACUAUACACACAGUCCAAAGAUAUAUGAUUUUAAGGAAUCACCCUGAUCAAGUUACAUUGCCAUCACAUAUUGGGUUAUUUGUAUUUUAUUUGUACUUUUUUAAAUGUUUUUAUUUAUUGGCCGUUUUCAGAGGACAAAAGUAACUUUAUUUAACAUUUUUGUUUUUGUUACAUAUACAGUACCAGUCAAAAUUUUGAACACGCCUACUCAUUCAAGGGUUUUUCUUUAUUUUUACUAUUUUCUACAUUGUAGAAUAUAAGUGAAGACAUCAAAACUAUGAAAUAACACAUAUGGAAUCAUGUAGUAACCAAAAAAGUGUUAAACAAGGAAAAUAUAUUUAAUAUUUGAGAUUCUUCAAAUAGCCACCCUUUGCCUUGAUGACAGCUUUGCACACUCUUGGCAUUGUCUCAACCAGCUUCAUGAGGUAGUCACCUGGAAUGCAUUUCAAUUAACAGGUGUGCCUUCAUAAAAGUUAAUUUGUGGAAUUUCUUUCCUUCUUAAUGCGUUUGAGCCAAUCAGUUGUGUUGUGACAAGGUAGGGGGGUAUACAGAAAAUAGCCCUAUUUGGUAAAAGACCAAGUCCAUAUUAUGGCAAGAACAGCUCAAAUAAGCAAAGAGAAACGACAGUCCAUCAUUACAUAAGGGCUAUUUUACCAAGAAGGAGAGUGAUGGAGUGCUGCAUCAGAUGACCUGGCCUCCACAAUCCCCCGACCUCAACCCAAUUGAGAUGGUUUGGGAUGAGUUGGAUGGCAGAGUGAAGGAAAAGCAGCCAACAAGUGCUCAGCAUAUGUGGGAACUCCUUCAAGACUGUUGGAAAAGCAUUCCAGGUGAAGCUGGUUGAGAGAAUGGCAAUAGUGUGCAAAGCUGUCAUCAAGGCAAAGGGUGGCUACUUUGAAGAAUCUCAAAUAUGAAAUAUGCGUCUGGACCCUGGUGUGGGAGGCCCCGACCCCGGAGAGGGGCUGACGUCUGGGCCUGGACCGGCAAUCCCCCUGCAAUGCACCAAGCCCUGUCUGGACCCUGGUGUGGGAGGCCCCGACCCUGGAGAGGGGUUGACAUCUGGUUCUGGAGUGGAGCCGCUGACCGGAGCUGAACUGGACCCCGGUGGAGCGGACUGCUCUGGCUCUGGACUGCAGCAGCUGACCGGGGCUGGACUAGGCACCGGUAGAGCGGACUGCUCUGGCACUGGAGUGGAGCCGCUGACCGGAGCUGAACUGGACCCCGGUGGAGCGGACUGCUCUGGCUCUGGACUGGAGCAGCUGACCAGAGCUGAACUGGACCCCGGUGGAGCGGACUGCUCUGGCACUGGAGUGGAGCAGCUGACCGGAGCUGGACUUGGCACCGGUGGAGCGGACUGCUCUGGCACUGGAGUGGAGCAGCUGACCGGAGCUGGACUGGACACCGGUGGAGCGGACUGCUCUGGCACUGGAGUGGAGCAGCUGACCGGAGCUGGACUGGGCACCAGUGUAGAGCAGUUGACCGGAGCUGGACUAGGCACCGGUGGAGCGCCAGCCCUCUUAAAGGGAGCUCUCCUGCUCUAUCUUCGCGAUCAGCCCCCGUAAGGUGGUUGCCUCUGUAACCGGUGUGAACUAGUGGCAUUUCAAUCGGUGACGUCACUCGCUCUGAGACCUUGAAGUAGUUGUUUCCCUUGCUCUGGUGACUGUUGUCGAUGUGUGCAGAGGGUCCCUGGUUCGAGCCCAGGUAGGGGCGAGGAGAGGGACGGAAGCAACACUGUUACACCUCUUCUAUCAGAGUGCUAAUCUGCAGGUCUCUCCGAGCCUCCUGCUGCUUAGCCAACCACCCCGUGUGCCCCCCCAAAAAAAUGUAUUGGGGUUGGAAGCGGUCGGCACCGUUGAUCCUCUCCUGCCUGGGCUUCUACCUUCGCCCAGGGUCCUUUACCAGCCCAGGGUCCUUCUCCUCCCAAGACUACGUCUUCCCCACCUGUGUCCAGGGUGUUUGUUCCUCCUGGGCACGCUGCUUGGUCCGUUGUUGGUGGGAUCUUCUGUCACGUUCGUUGAGUACAGGAUUGGACCAAGGUGCAGCGUGGUAUGCUUACAUGUUCGUUUAUUGAAUAAACACUGAACAAAACAACAAAAGCAACGUAACGUGACGUUCUAAAGGCUAACAUCAAACAAGCCAAACACACAGAAACAAGAUCCCACAACAUAGGUAGGCAACAUGGCUGCCUAAGUAUGAUCCCCAAUCAGAGACAACGAUCGACAGCUGCCUCUGAUUGGGAACCACACCCGGCCAACAUAGAUCUACAAUAUCUAGAUCUACACAUAGAAAUUCACACCCUGACCAAACCAACUAAAGAAAACCGGGCUCUCAAGGCCAGGGCAUGACAAUAUUUCAUUGUUGGACAUAAAUUACUGUAAAAAAAAAAAAAAACACCAGGAAAUCAGCUCCAAGUGAUUUUAAUUUAAGAAAUCUGUUCCCAAAUAUUCCCACGCAUUGAGAGACACGACGUGAUCAUAUACAAAUGUAAGCAAUGUUUGAAAUUAUUGUUUUAGUCAAACAAUAUAUCUGUUUGGGCUUCUUGCGAUCAAUUUGCAGUCUACAAAUUAUUUGUAAUUAUGUUCCGGAACCCCGACCAUCCGCUCAAGAAAAAAUCGGCCCGCGGCUGACUGUAGUUGAUGAUCCCUGACCUAUGGUAUGGUGUACAUGAUGUGAUAUGAUUGAUGUGUAGCAGAAAUUGUGGCAAAGGACCAGAUGGCUAGAGGUCCAGAAAAACUCUGCGUUCCAAAUGGUACCCUAUUCCCUUUAUAGUGCACUACUUUUCACCAGGACCCUACUAAUCCUAUCAUGUUUUGGGUUAUAAGUGUCAGCCGUGUCAUAAGUGUCCUAUGGCAUUUCAAAUGUCCCUGUGACCCUACAAAUUAGCCAACCCCUAUAAAUCUAGACACAAAACAAAAGUAAGGGGUUGUAUUGCAUUUCUCUUGAAAUCAGAAGAGAGACAUCAUGGUGAACAUGACCAGCCCUGGGUGCAGCCCCAGUGAUGGAUAUCAGUCCACUGACUUUCUCUGCUUCCUUCCAGGACCGUCACCAUGGAAACGCUAGUGCAGCGGCUGGAGCAGGCCGUGAUUCGUCUGGAGCAGGUGUCCGUCAACAUGCAGGUGUCCAAUGGCAUGGCCAAUGGGGAAUGUAAUGGGAUCAACGGAGGUGAGUAGUAGAAACGUAGUGGUCCAGACUGUGACAGCAGUGUAUAGCAUUGGGUAGUGAAGUUCUAGGUUGAAAUGGGAACACUACUUAAUCCAAUGAACGUUUAUAAACAUGUACAACUAUGAAAAGAUACUGUGGUAGAAAAACGCCUGACCUCUCCUCUAUGCUCAUUGUUUUCUCCUUCUUCCUCCCUCCUUCCUCCCUUCUUCCUUCCUUCUUCCUCCCUCCUUCCUCCCUCCUUCCUCCCUCCUUCCUCCCUUCUUCCUCCCUUCUUCCUCCCUUCUUCCUUCCUCCCUCCUUCUUUCCUUCUUCCUCCAUCCUUCUUCCUUCCUUCUUCCUUCCUUCUUCCUUCCUUCCUUCCUUCCUUCCUUCCUUCCUCCUUCCUUCCUUCCCUUCCUUCCUUCCUUCCUUCCUUCCUUCCUUCCUUCCUUCCUUCCUUCCUUCCUUCCUUCCUUCCUUCCUUCCUUCCUUCUUCCUCUCUCCUUCCUCCCUUCUUCCUCCCUUCUUCCUCCCUCCUUUCUCCCUCCUUCCUCCCUCCUUCCUCCCUUCUUCCUCUCUCCUUCCUCCUCCUUCCUCCCUUCUUCCUCUCUCCUCCCUCCCUCCUUCCUCCCUUCUUCCUCCCUUCUUCCUCCUGUCUCUCCAGGUCAGUCCCAGUGUAUGGAGGCCUUUGACCUGCUGCUGAUGGGGCCGUUGUCAGAGUACCUGAAGAAUAGCCGUGCCAUAGGAGAGGAUGUGGAGAAGCAUGUGAGUGGCAGGAAUGUGUGUGUGUGAUUAUGCGUAUGACUGACUAUCCUUGUGUGUUUUGAGUGGCGUCUUGCAAAGGCCGCAAAUGGGAAAUGGCUCUGUGCCAUUAAGAGCACAAAGUCUCCUCCUCAAUCCCCAAAUCCCUCAAACGUUCUCACUUACAGACACAUAUACAUACACACACACACACACACGCACACAAAACAGUUUGCUUGGUUAACACACUGCCGUUAUAUUUGGUCUUUGUCUUUGUCUUUAACUGUUAGUCUACACUAAGUGAAACGAAGCAGUCCCCUUAACUGACAGAAACUCUAAGUGAUGUUUGUAACAGAGCAGCAGCUGAGAACACAGAAAAAGAUAAUACGGAUGAUGAAAAUAAGACGGUUGCCUACUCUGUUCUGCUAUACUACUCUGUUCUGCUAUACUACUCUGUUCUGCUAUACUACUCUGUUCUGCUAUACUACUCUGUUCUGCUAUACUACUCUGUUCUGCUAUACUACUCUGUUCUGCUAUACUACUCUGUUCUGCUAUACUACUCUGUUCUGCUAUACUACUCUGUUCUGCUAUACUACUCUGUUUCUGCUAUACUACUCUGUUCUGCUAUACUACUCUGUUCUGCUUACUACUCUGUUCUGCUAUACUACUCUGUUCUGCUAUACUACUCUGGUUUCUGCUAUACUACUCUGUUCUGCUAUACUACUCUGGUCUGUUCUGCUAUACUACUCUGUUCUGCUAUACUACUCUGUUCUGCUAUACUACUCUGUUCUGCUAUACUACUCUGUUCUGCUAUACUACUCUGUUCUGCUAUACUACUCUGUCUGCUAUACUACUCCUGUUCUGCUAUUUCGUUCUGCUAUACUACUCUGUUCUGCUAUAUAUCUUCUCUACUACUCUGUUCUGCUAUACUACUCUGGUCUGCUAUACUACUCUGUGUCUGCUAUACUAACUCUGUUCUGCUAUACUAACUCUGUUCUGCUAUACUACUCUGUUCUGCUAUACUACUCUGUUCUGCUAUACUACUCUGUUCUGCUAUACUACUCUGUUCUGCUAUACACCGUCCUAUACUGUUCUGCUAUACUACUCUGUCUGCUAUACUACUCUGUCUGCUAUACUACUCUGGUUCUGCUAUACCUCUGUUACUCUAUACUCUCUGUUCCUACUUUGCUAUACUACUCUGUUCUGCUAUACUACUCUGUUCUGCUAUACUACUCUGGUCUGCUAUACUACUCUGUUCUGCUAUACUACUCUGUUCUGCUAUACUACUCUGUUCUGCUAUACUACUCUGUUCUGCUAUACUACUCUGUUCUGCUAUACUACUCUGUUCUGCUAUAUACUACUUCUGUUCUGCUAUACUACUCUGGUCUGCUUACUACUCUGUCUGCUAUACUACUCUGUUCUGCUAUACUACUCUGGUCUGCUAUACUACUCUGUCUGCUUACACUUGUCUGUUCUGCUAUACUACUCUGUUCUGCUAUAACUACUCUGUUUGCAUACUACUCUGUUCUGCUAUACUACUCUGGUCUGCUAUACUACUCUAGUUCUGCAUACUACUCUGUUCUGCUAUACUACUCUGUUCUGCUAUACUACUCUGGUCUGCUAUACUACUCUGUUCUGUCUCUACUACUCUGUUCUGCUAUACUACUCUGGUCUGUUUCUGCUAUACUACUUGUCUGUCUGCUAUACUACUCUGUUCUGCUAUACUACUCUGGUAUGUUCUGCUAUACUACUCUGUUCUGCUAUACUACUCUGUUCUGCUAUACUACUCUGUUCUGCUAUACUACUCUGUUCUGCCAUACUACUCUGUUCUGCUAUACUACUUUGGUCUGCUAUACUACUCUGUUCUGCUAUACUACUCUGGUCUGCUAUACUACUCUGUUCUGCUAUACUACUCUGGUCUGCUAUACUACUCUGUUCUGCUAUACUACUCUGUUCUGCUAUACUACUCUGUUCUGCUAUACUACUCUGGUCUGUUCUGCUAUACUAAUCUGUUCUGCUAUACUACUCUGUUCUGCUAUACUACUCUGUUCUGCUAUACUACUCUGUUCUGCUAUACUACUCUGGUCUGUUCUGCUAUACUACUCGGGUUCUGCUUACUACUCUGGUCUGUUCUGCUAUACUACUCUGUUCUGCUAUACUACUCUGGUCUGCUAUACUACUCUGGUCUGCUAUACUACUCUGUUCUGCUAUACUACUCUGUUCUGCUAUACUACUCUGUUCUGCUAUACUACUCUGUUCUGCUAUACUACUCUGUUCUGCUAUACUACUCUGUUCUGCUAUACUACUCUGUUCUGCUAUACUACUCUGUCUGCUAUACUACUCUGGUCUGCUAUACUACUCUGGUCUGUAUACUACUCUGUUCUGCUAUACUACUCUGUUCUGCUAUACUACUCUGUUCUGCUAUACUACUCUGUUAUUCCAGGCUGCUAUACUACUUCCAUGGAGAGAAACUUGGUGUGUAACUUGAUUUAAUGAUACUGUAUGUGCAACUGUUGUCACCCAGACAAAUCCCAACCACAUUUAAGAUGUAUCUUUAACACAGUGAGGUUCUCUCUACCAGUGACAGUAGGGCUGGAGGGAUGUUGAGAGGAGCACUUAGUGACCACUUCAUUCCCCUGUCUGCUUUCUGUCAAUGGGACUAGUUUUAUAUGGAGAUAUGCAUCCCAAAUGGCACCCUGUAAGGAAUAGGGUGCCAUUUGGGACAGAGACAUGGAAGAUUCCCCUUGUUUUAUCUCUCAUAGAGCUGCCUGGCUCUGGGAACAUUGUAGUCUGACUGUGUGGGGUCCAGGGCUUGGACAGGGAAAACCACUCUAGAUAGAUGGGAGGAGGAGGAGUUAUUUUAAUUACAGUUUGUUUCCUGUCCCCUACAAAGCCAAUGGCGGGAGUGUGCUUGAACUUUAACCCUGAGUUCCAAUAUUAAACCGCGACACAAGCACCUUUUUCCACCCCAAUGUCAGGCCGUUUUCCACAGGGAGAUGGGGCGUAGUUUGUGGCUAGUAAUCAUGUUGGUAACAACUUUGAUGAUUUCUCUUCCGACUCCCAAAAUAGAGCCGACAUUUGAUUCAUACCAGGCACUGGCAGGAAGUCCAAUUGCAAAAAUCCCUUUCUCAAGGAAGACAUGGUUUCAAAUGGGAAUUAAAUAAGUGAGGACUUUAAUAUGUGGAAAAGCAGAAUGACAGAGAAAUAGCCUUAAUAUGUGGUGAAGAUGGGACUGGGGGAUGGGGGGGAGGAUAUUCCUUCAUGGGUCUUUUCCCUCAUAAGACAACAUUCACUUAAUCUCCUUCUCCCAUCACAGUGAAAGGAGGAGGGGGUGUGUGUGGGUUAGAGGUGGUUUAUUUAGUUAGGAAAGCUCCUUUUAUGGCAACACCGGAGUUCCUCUGGAGGUCUUUUCCCAAAUUUGGGACAUGCCUCGUGGGACCUGACUAAUGCAGAGUUACCAGCACGAUGCAGUGCAGAAUGCGUUAGAGAGGGAAAUGUGUCUUAUAAUGCCCUCAGAUUUGACAUUUUAACCUUUUCCCUCUGUGAUUGACAGGCGGAGAUGGUGAACAACGCUCUGCAGCUUCAGAGAAGCUUCCUCAAAAUGGCCACCACACACCAGGAGCCUGCUCAGGUAAGGAUGAUAUGUGUAAUGGCUUGGAGGACUGUCCUGAAUGCAGAUACCCAAAGCAAGUAAAACAAAUGUGUAUGGAUCAGGACUAUUGGCCAACUGCACUGCACUUCAACACAGUUAUCCAUUAUGCACUUAUCUACUGUUAUCUACUAUAAUGUAGCCAGUGUCGCCCAUUUCAGUGUUGCAGUAUCGCCCAUUUCAGUAUCGCCCAUUUCAGUAUCGCCCAUUUCAGUAUCACCCAUUACAGUAUCACCCAUUACAGCGUUUCAGCAGCAGCCUUUUCCAGGCCUCUCUGUGUUUCCCAGUGCUGCUGGGCCAGUGGGCAGCCAUGCGGCGCCCCGGAGCUCUGUUCACAUAGGGAUUAACCCCCUUUAAAAAAGAACGCUAAUACAACACAUUCUCAACGCAUUCACGUAUGGGGAAGGGAGGGGGAAAGGGAGGGGGUACGGAGAGGAAGUGGGGGUUAAUGUGAUAUCAUCGUGUUGGCUGUUAGUUUGUAUUGAACCAGGGGGAGGAGGGUGGUGGGCAGAGCCCAAAGCUGAACAGGAAGUGAUUAACUCCUAUCUCGCAAGUCAUUGGUCAAGAGGCAGUGAGAGAGAAUUCACCAAUUGUCUGAUACACAAACAAGGAGGAAGGGUUUAAGCGGAGGGAGGGGAGAGAGAGGAAGGGAAUAAGAGAUAGGAGAGGAAGGGAGAGGGAGGACAGGCGAGGACGGGUGGUGGGCGGUGGCUGCAUUGACUGUUUGCUCAAUUGGUAGAGCAUGGCGCUUGCAACGCCAGGGUUGUGGGUUCGUUUCCCACGGGGGGCCAGUAUGAAAAUAUAUGCACUCACUAACUGUAAGUCGCUCUGGAUAAGAGCGUCUGCUAAAUGACUAAAAUGUAAAUGUAAAGACCCCAUGUAGUCUUUUAAAUGUUUCAAUCAGUGUCUAAUAAAUCACUGUGUGAUUAUUUAAUUUAAAAAAGCAAAAUAUAUUUUUUGUCAUUUAUUUCCCUGAGCCUCCUUUGCCAUUGGAAUGCUCAGUUGGAUCGUGUGGGUGUGUUGAUACAAAUUUAUUUGAACAGUGAGAGACAGAAUAACAACAAAAAAAUCCAGAAAAACGCAUGUCAAAAAUGUUAUAAAUUGAUUUGCAUUUUAAUACGGGAAAUAAGUAUUUGACCCCCUCUCAAUCAGAAAGAUUUCUGGCUCCCAGGUGUCUUUUAUACAGGUAACGAGCUGAGAUUAGGAGCACACUCUUAAAGGGAGUGCUCCCAAUCUCAGCUUGUUACCUGUAUAGAAGACACCUGUCCACAGAAGCAAUCAAUCAAUCAGAUUCCAAACUCUCCACCAUGGCCAAGACCAAAGAGCUCUCCAAGGAUGUCAGGGACAAGAUUGUAGACCUACACAAGGCUGGAAUGGGCUACAAUACCAUCGCCAAGCAGCUUGGUGAGAAGGUGACAACAGUUGGUGCGAUUAUUCGCAAAUGGAAGAAACACAAAAUAACUGUCAAUCUCCCUCGGCCUGGGGCUCCCUCGGCCUGAGGAAUCAGCCCAGAACUACACGGGAGGAUCUUGUCAAUGAUCUCAAGGCAGCUGGGACCAUAAUCACCAAGAAAACAAUUGGUAACACACUACGCUGUGAAGGACUGAAAUCCUGCAGCGCCCGCAAGGUCCCCCUGCUCAAGAAAGCACAUAUACAGGCCCAUCUGAAGUUUGCCAAUGAACAUCUGAAUGAUUCAGAGGAGAACUGGGUGAAAGUGUUGUGGUCAGAUGAGACCAAAAUCGAGCUCUUUGGCAUCAACUCAACUCGCCGUGUUUGGAGGAGGAGGAAUGCUGCCUAUGACCCCAGGAACACCAUCCCCACCGUCAAUCAUGGAGGUGGAAACAUUAUGCUUUGGGGGUGUUUUUCUGCUAAGGGGACAGGACAACUUCACCGCAUCAAAGGGACGAUGGACGGGGCCAUGUACCAUCAAAUCUUGGGUGAGAACCUCCUUCCCUCAGCCAGGGCAUUGAAAAUGGGUCGUGGAUGGGUAUUCCAGCAUGACAAUGACCCAAAACACACGGCCAAGGCAACAAAGGAGUGGCUCAAGAAGAAGCACAUUAAGGUCCUGGAGUGGCCUAGCCAGUCUCCAGACCUUAAUCCCAUAGACAAUCUGUGGAGGGAGCUGAAGGUUCGAGUUGCCAAACGUCAGCCUCGAAACCUUAAUGACUUGGAGAAUAUCUGCAAAGAGGAGUGGAACAAAAUCCCUCCUGAUAUGUGUGCAAACCUGGUGGCCAACUACAAGAAACGUCUGACCUCUGUGAUUGCCAACAAGGGUUUUGCCACCAAGUACUAAGUCAUGUUUUGCAGAGGGGUCAAAUACUUAUUUCCCUCAUUAAAAUACAAAUCAAUUUAUAACAUUUUUGACAUGCGUUUUUCUGGAUUUGUUGUUGUUAUUCUGUCUCUCACUGUUCAAAUAAACCUACCAUUAAAAUUAUAGACUGAUCAUGUCUUUGUCAGUGGGCAAACGUACAAAAUCAGCAGGGGAUCAAAUACUUUUUUCCCUCACUGUACAUACACAGCCCUGAUUGGCGGAUAGCGUCGUUUAUACUCUAGAGCCUACCCCGCUUACCCCUUCAAAGUAGGAGGAUAUAUAUGCAAAUAAAAUAUGAUUCGUCAGAAUAAUCAGAUCGUGAUGUCACGCUGUGGGCCAAAAACUCCAUCCCACCUUAACAGGCAGAAAAUCCUAAUUUGUAUUGUAUUUUAUUUUUUUAACCUCUUACACUAAAAGGGAGUUAUCAUAAUUUUCACAAUUUCAGAGUGUUAUUUCGACCUCAUAGUGUGGAAAUCUAAUUUUUAAAAACUGGAAAAUCAAUGUGGAUGUGAACUAGUGAGGAGGUCAAGAGUUUCAAGUCCUGUAUCUUUACUUCAGACUGUAGAGAGCCUGUAACCUGUUAAGAGUCUGUAGAGAGCCUGUUUAGAGCCUGUAGGUUAUUUUUUAUACUGGCCCCCUGUGCGAACCCUGCUGGCCUAUCCCUCCCCUACCAAUUGUGCGCCGCCCCAUGGGUCUCCCAGUCGCGGCCGGCUACGACAGAGCCUGGAUUCGAACCAGGAUCACUAGUGGCACAGCUAGCACUGCCUUAGACCACUGCACUACUGCGCCACUCGGUGACUGAAAUGUAGAGAGCCUGUAGUGCAGCGUUUCCCAAACUCGGUCCUGGGGAUCCCAAGGGGUGCACAUUUUGUUUUUUGCCCUAACACUACACAGCUGAUUUAAAUAAUCAAAGCUUGAUGAUUAUUUGAAUCAGCUGUGUAGUGAUAGGGCAAAAACCAAAACGGUUCCCCAGGACUGAGAUUGGGAAACCCUUGUCGCUGUUCUCUGUGAGAAUUUGGGUGACGAUCCACAAUGCCAUUGUCAGAACUGACAAUCCUCAAAUUGGACAGGCAUUGGAGAGGCAUUGAUUUAGCCAAAAAUAACCAAAAAUAGUUAGUUGUCAAUCAAUACACCCCCAGAGAAACACCUACUGUAGUACCACACAGAUACUGGAUGGACACAUUUUCACAUGUACAUAGUUUUAUAUAAACCUCAAUCACUGCCUCUGGUAGAAAAGUGAUUGUGACCCUGUACAGCUCUCCCAUAGGGAACCCAGAGCUGCCGGUAAACCUCUGGCUUUUCUCUCCACCGCACUGGCCCGGGGUUGUGCUUUGUGGCUUUUUAUGGGCAUGUUCUAUAUUUGAGCUGCUCCGUUUGUGUGUGUGUGUUUGAAGCUGGGCUCACCUGACCCCGUCAUGGCCCAUCACUCUCUGUGUGUGUGCCCACAGAAAAAAGACUACAGUUUACGAUAGAAUACUAUAGCACUUACUAUAGAAUUCUAUAGUAUUCUGUAGUAAACUGCUGUAUACUGUAGAAAAAUAUACUACACUCUAGUAUCCCUCGAUCAUUUCUAGUACUUACUAUAGAAUUUUGUAGAAAACUAUACUGCACAAUGUAGUAUCCCUUGAUCAUGUGUUGUGCUUACUAUAUAAUUUUGUAGUAUACUGUAGAAUACUAUAUGUAUAUUAAAUACUACAGUAUUAACCCACAAAAAACACUGUAGUAAAUACUACAAUAAUGUCUGCAAAAACACUACAGUAAUUAUUAUAGUACAUACUACAGUUCUUACUAUAGUAAUACUACAGUAUUUAAUUUGCAUAUACUCCACCCAUUCCCCUCCACCAUAUCCCUAUUUGUGCCACCCAUGAGUGAGAAACCUACAUGCCAAGUAUAGACCAUAUAUUGUGUUCCCUACAUGUUAUAGAAAAGAGCAGAGGCUCUAAACUAUCCGUUCAGACUCCAGUCCUACCUACAGGUUAUGAAACAUUUGAUCUUAGUAUUUGCCCAGUAGGUUUCCUCAAGCAGGAAGCCCCCACGUCUAUGUCAAAGAUAAUAAAACAAAAAAUACUAUAGUAAAUACUACAGUAUUUAUACUACAGUCAUGUCCACAAAAAGACUACAGUAAAUACUAUAGUAUCCUUCCGCAAAAACACUACAGUAAAUACUAUAGUAAAGUCUGCAAAAACACUACAGUGAAUACUAUAGUAUAUAAAUAUAGUAAUACUAUAGUAUUUACAUCAUAGUAUACUAUAGUAUUUUUUCAUAUGGGUGUGUAUCCCACAGUACAGCUGUCUUGCCUCACCAGCCCUCUGCUCUGCUGUGAGGCUUUACACUGUAAAAUCCCACCAUCGUUUUUUCCUUUGUUACUUUCCACUGGGAACUUUGAUAUCAUGUUUGCAUUAUAGCUCAGAGCCUGGCCAGUCAGUGAAUGUCAGCAUAUGGGAUGCCAAGUCAUGGUAGCAGAUAUAGUACGCUUAUACACUACAGAUCAAAUAGCUUGAUCCUACACUUUAGGUAGCCUGGCAGGUAGGAUCGUUGGGCCAGUAACCAAAAGGUUGCUGGAUCGAAUCCCCGAGCAGACAAGGUAAAAAUCUGUUGUUCCGCCCCUGAGCAAGGCAGUUAACCCACUGUUCCCCGGGCGCCGAUGACGUGGCUGUCGAUUAAGGCAGACCCUGCACCUCUCUGAUUCAGAGGGGUUGGGUUAAAUGCGGAAGACACAUUUCAGUUGAAUGCAUUCAGUUGUACAACUGAAUAGGUAUCCCCCUUUACCUUUCCCUUAAAUCAUUAGAAUCAUAGGUAAAUCAUUAGAAUCAUAGAUAAAUCAUUAGAAUCAUAGGUAAAUCAUUAGAAUCAUAGAUAAAUCAUUAGAAUCAUAGAUAAAUCAUUAGAAUCAUAGGUAAAUCAUUAGAAAUCAUAGGGUAAAUCAAUUAAAUCAUAGAUAAAUCAUUAAAUCAUAGUAAAUCAGUAGAAUCAUAGGUAAAUCAUUAGGGCUUUAGGUAAGAUAUCUACCCCCUUUCCAUUUGAUCCUUCUACUUACUCUUCUCUCUGUUUCUGUCUAGCUCCCUUUCUGCUCUUUCUCUCUCCCUCCCCCCAUCAAAAAUAUGAACGCUUAGCUCAGAGAUAUUAGACCUGUCUCAUGCUACUGAGCUAACAUCACACACACCCCAAUAUCACUGUGUGCAAUUUCUCUCUCUCUCUCUCUCUCUCUCAUCUCUCUCUUCAUCGAAAAAAAAUCUCUCUCUCUCUCUCUCUCUCUCUCUCCUCUGUCUCUGUGUGUGUGGUCUCUCUCCUCUCUCUCUCUCUCUCUCUCUCUCUCUCUCUCUCUCUCUCUCUCUGUCUCUCUGUCUCUCUGUCUCUGUCUCUGUCUCUCUGUCUCUCUGUCUCUCUGUCUCUCUGUCUCUCUGUCUGUGUGUCUGUGUGUCUGUGUGUCUGUGUGUCUGUGUGUGUGAAUGGUGUGUAAUCCUGGCCUCUGCCCCACUCAUAGCCUGGAGAUAUCACAACUAUUUAUGUCUGUCCGUUGGAAGUGGAGGAUGAUUGAGGGGGGGGGAGGGCCAUCAGAUACCCUUGAUACAGUAACUGAAAGAGCGGGGAGGGGGGUCAGGGGAGAGGGGGGUGAUGAGAGAGACAGGAGAGAGAUCUCUAGCCUCAGAGAUAUGUAGAUCUGACAGAUGAAUCAUCACUAGGGCCAGGAGGUUUUCCUGACCACAUGAUUUGACCCGGAUCUGUUGACCCCCUGGUUCUAUCAUCAUCACAGGUGUAUUGGAAAACUUCCUGAGCCUUAUCAUCAUCACAUUUCAUGUAGAAGUGGUUUUCUUUUAAGGAUCCUUUAGCAAGUUUUUUCGAUGGGAUCUGUAGAUAGUGAAACUAAAAAGUCAGUCUACGUUGAUCCUCCCUAUGAUGACGUUGGUCCUCUAUUUCGGGUUAUGAAAAUCAUGUGCAUCUGAUUUGGGCAAUAAUUUGUUCAAAAAAUAGUUCUCUCUUUCUGCCUCUCCCUCUGACACACGAGAUAGACAGUCCUUUCAUAGGGAGGGCCAAUGUCAACAGACUUUUUACUUUCACUCUCUCCAGAUCCCUUCGAAAAGUCUUGCUAAAGGAUGUGGUGGAAAGGAGGAUUAUUUCAUCCUCUCCACGUCUGUAAACGUUAUUAUGUGUUUAUUGUGACAACAUAUCAAAACCUUAAUGCAAUUAAAUUGGUUGCCUUAGCAACACAAGAAUAAUCACAUUUCUCAAAAUAAAGCUAAAUAAACUAACUUUAUCUUUCCCACAGCAUAUCGCCACGGCGGGGAUAUUUAGUUAAAUUGUCAUAGCAACAUCAAUUUAGACACAGUUCAAAAUAAGAGAAGUGUACUGCAGCAUUACUAGGGAAACAAUGCCUUCCUUUUCCCUUACAAGGCCAGAGGAAUCUCCCAAUGAACAGAGGAAUGCUUUGAGGGGAGGGAGGAUCGAAGGAAAGAAGGAAGGAAGGAUGGAAGCUAGAAGGGAUCUGGAAGUUCCUAUUGAAAAUAGGGUCCUUCUAAUAAAAUCCCAGUAGCCCAGUUUUAAACUCACAGUAAUUUACAUCUGCAUGCCCCUUAUCUAGCUGACAUGCAUGGCAGAGUUGCUUGUGGGCAAGGCAAUCAGUUAUAACAGAGGUAGCAUAACUGGAGUAACUGAACAAUUGAGACUGGUGCUCUCAGACUAUUGAAUAUGAGGGCUGCUAAGAGCACUAUUACAGAGGAAUUUAUGGGUGCUGAUUUUACUUAACAGUCAUUGAUAAAUGCUAUUUUUAUAUUUUAAGUUACAGUAUAUAUAAAAGACACCACCUGUGAUAUUGUUCAGUUUUUGUUGACAAGCAUUUCUUCUUUCCAUCUCUCUCUCUUCUCUCCCACCUCCCCCUCUCAUUUCCUCUCUCUCCCCCCUCUCUCUCUUUCCUUCCUUCUCUCCCCCCCUCCCCCUUGUAUCUCUCUCUCUGUCUCUCUCUCCCUCCCAGAUGGAGCUGUCUGACCUGCUGAAGCCUAUCUCAGAGAAGAUCCAGGAGAUUCAGAACUUCCGGGAGCGUAACCGUGGCAGCAGCCAAUUCAACCACCUAUCAGCUGUCAGCGAGAGCAUCCCGGCGCUGGGCUGGGUUGCUGUGGUGAGGAGAAAACUAACUGUUCUCUUCUCUAACCUCCUCAUCACCCACUCACUUUGGUGGCUCGACACUUUGCUCGACACUAGCCAAAGCUACGACACUUUGCUCGACACUAGCCAAAGCUACGUUUGGCCUAUCCUUUGUAUAUCUACAGUUGAAGUCGGAAGUUUACAUACACCUUAGCCAAAUACAUUUCAACUCAGUUUUUCACAAUUCCUGACAUUUAAUCCUAGUAAAGAUUCCCUGUCUUAGGUCAGUUAGGAUCACCACUUUAUUUUAAGAAUGUGAAAUGUCAGAAUAAUAGUAGACAGAAUUAUUGAUUUCAGCUUUUAUUUCUUUUAUCACAUUCCCAGUGGGUCAGAAGUUUACAUACACUCAAUUAGUAUUUGGCUUUGUGAUGGCCACUCCAGUACCUUGACUUUGUUGUCCUUAAGCCAUUUUGCCACAACUUUGGAAGAAUGCUUGGGGUCAUUGUCCAUUUGGAAGACCCAUUUGCGACCAAGCUUUAACUUCCUGACUGAUGUCUUGAGAUGUUGCUUCAAUAUAUCAACAUAAUUUUCUUUCCUCAUGAUGCCAUCUGGUCCUCUGUAGCUCAGCUGGUAGAGCACGGCGCUUGUAACGCCAAGGUAGUGGGUUCGAUCCCCGGGACCACCCAUACACAAAAAAAUGUAUGCACGCAUGACUGUAAGUCGCUUUGGAUAAAAGCGUCUGCUAAAUGGCAUAUUAUUUAUUAUUAUUAUCUAUUUUUGAAGUGCACUAGUCCCUCCUGCAGCAAAGCAUCCCCACAGCAUGAUGAUGCCACCCCUGUGCUUCACGGUUGGGAUGGUGUUCUCCGACUUGCAAGCCACCCCCUUUUUCCUCCAAACAUAACAAUGGUCAUUAUGGCCAAACAGUUCUAUUUUUAUUUCAUCAGACCAGAGGAAAUUUCUCCAAAAAGUACAAUCUUUGUCCCCAUAUGCAGUUGAAAACCGUAGUCUGGCUUUUUUUAUGGCAGUUUUGAAGCAGUGGCUCCUUCCUUGCUGAGCGGCCUUUCAGAUUAUGUCGAUAUGGGACUCGUUUUACUGUGGAUAUAGAUACUUUUGUACCUGUUUCCUCCAGCAUCUUCACAAGGUCCUUUGCUGUUGUUCUGGGAUUGAUUUGCACUUUUCGCACCAAAGUACGUUCAUCUCUACGAGACAGAACGCAUCUCCUUCCUGAGCGGUAUGACGGCUGCGUGGUCCAAUGGUGUUUAUACUUGCGUACUAUUGUUUGUACAGAUGAACGUGGUACCUUCAGGCAUUGGGAAAUUGCUCCCAAGGAUGAACCAGACUUGAGGAGGUCUACAAUUUGUUUUUCUGAGGCCUUGGCUGAUUUCUUUUGAUUUUCCGAUGAUGUCAAGCAAAGAGGCACUGAGUUUGAAGGUAGGCCUUGAAAUACAUCCACAGGUACACCUCCAAUUGACUCAAAUGAUGUCAAUUAGCCUAUCAGAAGCUUCUAAAGCCAUGCCAUCAUUUUCUGGAAUUUUCCAAGCUGUUUAAAGGCACAGUUAACUUCUUGUAUGUAAACUUCUGACCCACUGGAAUUGUGAUAAAGUGAAUUAUAAGUGAAAUAAUCUGUCUGUAAACAAUUGUCGGAAAAAUUACUUGUGUCAUGCACAAAGUAGAUGUCCUAACUGACUUGCCAAAACUAUAGUUUGUUAACAACAAAUUUGUGGAGUGGUUGAAAAACGAGUUUUAAUGACUCCAACCUAAGUGUAUGUAAACUUCCGACUUCAACUGUAUGUCUAUAUCUAUAUAUCUAUAUCUAUAUAUCUAUCUGUCUUUGCUCUUGGCUACUGUGGUUUAAUGCAUUUCUGUCCAACAGAUGGUGACUGACGUAAUAAUGUUCUCUCCAUUUCUCUAGCCAUGUGUCAGUGAAUGCAGAGCAGAGCUGUCUGAAUUGAUACGUGGCGUCAACUUUGUUUGACCACCUUUUCUCUUUCGUUCUAUUUUUUCCUUCGGUCUCCUUCUUUCUUCCAGAGCCAGAAGCCAGUUCCCUAUGUGAAGGAGAUGAAUGAUGCUGCCAUUUUCUACACUAACAGAGUUCUGAAAGACUAUAAAGACUCGUGAGUAUUGCUGCUGGUGGAUUACUUAUCAACUGUUGCUGAUAAGCUACUUUGCAUAUUAUUGUUGCUCAGUGAAUACCUCUCUCUUUUUUCCUGAUCCGUCUUUCCAUCUUUGUUUCUCUCUCCCUCUGUCCGUCUUUGUUUACAUUUCACUAAUUCUCCUCCUCCUCUCCUCCUGUCCCUCUCUCUGUAGAGACAAGCGUCAUGUGGAGUGGGUGAGGUCCUACCUAUCCAUCUGGACUGAGCUUCAGGCCUUCAUUAAACAGCAUCACACAACAGGCCUGGUCUGGAGCAAGACUGUGAGUAGCUUUCAUAACAUAGUUACAAAACAGUGUAAUAGCAGUGUUAUUAUAUUAUCAUAGUAUUGAGUUGGGAGUGAGACAAUAGAAAAACAUCACAGUGAUAUAAAGACAUAUCAUGAACAGUUACUGUCUUUUUAUUACAGACUGUAAUUUACAGCGCUUCAGGACUACAGUCCUCUAUCUAACAUCCAGUGAGGCAUUCCCUCUACAUUCCAUUAUCUAUAUGUUACAGCAGCAAAUAGCUCCUGGUCCAACCUCCUCAACACUGCCCUGAGCACUCAGCACUUUGACUUGUUGGAGGAAUAGGAACAGGGCCAGGAGUUUUUCCCAACAGUGUAACCUGAGCAGGAAAAACUCAGGUCCCACUGCCUAACUUCUCAUAACUUUUAUCUGACGUUGGAUAAAUAGGACCAGGAUUAUUUUAUUUUUUAAAGUCACGGCUUUUUUCAUGAUCAGGUCCUAUGGAUGAACUAAUUAUAACCCUGCUUGCCAUUCAGGUUUAAACAGGCAGGAACAAGACUCAAUGAAUUACAGCUCGCCUCGAGACAUAGUCUCUGACUAUUAUGGCAUGUCCAAUUGUUUUCAUGUGCGGCAGAGCCUCAAUGUGGUUUUCCGUUGCCAUAUUGCUGAAGCGGUUCAGGGCUGCGUUCCAAAUGGAACCCUAUUACAACAUGGAGCCCGUAGGGCACUGGUCAAAGGUAGUGCACUAUAUAAUAUGGUGUCAUUUGGGAUGUACUGUAGUUCUCAUGUUAAUUACCCCGCAGUGUAUAUUUCUAUGUGUAGUUAUGCAGACAGGCAGCUGGUUGCGCAAGGACCAGCCUGUAUGAAUGACUUGGUCCCUGGUGUACUGGUGGCUGCUUUGUGGUUCUUAAUUUAGCAAUUGUAGAGUCAAACCCCCACAUUUUUGUAGGGGUUGAUACCAGUGGAGGCUGGUGGGAGGAGCUAUAGGAGGACGGGCUCAUUGUAAUGGCUGGAAUGGAAUAAAAUAAACAAUGAGCCCGUCCUCCUAUAGCUCCUCCCACCAGCCUCCACUGGUUGAUACAUUUUUUGUUAGGGCGAAUCAAGUCAGAAAUUUCCUGCAACAACAGGGUGAUCAAAUUAAGAUCCUACAUCGGUACUCUCCGCUUUCCGUUUUCUUCCUGUACUACUCUGUCGUUUCUCUUCCCCCUCUCUGAAAAGAAAGUCCUACUAUAGGGCAGGUUUCCAAUCAGAAAUCAUAUGCCUGCGUCCAGUGGAAGUGAUGUGUUUAUUUGUUUAGCUUUUUAUGUGAUAAUAAAACUAAAAGUAAAACUCCUUAAACUUCACAUUUAGUCUCUAAACUUUUAAAGAGUGUUGAACUCAGGUCAAGGUGUCACGCCCUGGCUCUGGGGACUCUCGUAUGUUGAGCCAGGGUGUUAGGUUCUAGUUUUGUGUUUCUAUGUUGGCCAGGGUGGCUCCCAAUCAGAGACGGCUGUUGCUCGUUGUCUCUGUUUGGGAGCCAUACUUAGGUAGCUGUAAGGCAUUCGUUUGGUGUGGUUUCUUGUUCCUUUUGAUUUGUGUUUGUAUAGAAGGACUUCACGUUUCGUUUGUUGUUUUGUUCGCUGUGGUGUACAAUAAAACAAAUAUGUACGCAUCUCACGCUGCGCCUUGGCCCACUUCUUUUCAAGACGAUCGUGAAUGAAGAAACCACCACGACUGGGUCAAGCAGCGUGAUGAGGAGAAAGGUUGGAAUUACGAGAAGUGGAGAGAGAAUUGGACGAGAACCAUGGAGGCCUGGUCCACGGGGGAGAGACAAGCCCAGAAAUUUUUAGGGGGGGGCUCACGCCGUGGACGACGGGGCAGCAGGAGUACGGGAUAGAGUGGUUCAGAGGGUUGGCAGAGGAGGCCGCCAGGUUACGGGAGUUACUGGACACCAGGGGGAAGGAGUAUGUAGAGGCACGGCGAGAGGUACUAGGGUGUGUUGCCAGUCCGGUCCGGCCCGUUCCUGAUCCCCGCUUAGGGCCAGUGGCGUGUGUUCCCAGUACGGUUCGGCCUGUUCCUGCCUCUCGCACCGAGCCUGUGGUGCGCGUCGCCAGCCCGGUCCGGCCUGUUCCUGUCCCUCGCGCCAAGCCUGUGGUGCGCGUCGCCAGCCCGGUUCGGCCUGUUCCUGCUCCCCGCACCAAGGCUAUGGUGCGCUUCGUCAGCCCGGUCCGGCCUGUUCCUGCUCCCCGCCCCAAGCAAGUGGUGCGCUUCAUCGGCCCGGUUCGGCCCGUCCCUGCUCCCCGCACCAAGCCAAUGGUGCGCGUCGUCAGCCCGGUCCGGCCUGUUCCUGCGCCCCGCACCAAGCAAGUGGUGCGCUUCAUCAGCCCGGUUCGGCCCGUCCCUGCUCCCCGCACCAAGCCAAUGGUGCGCUUCGUCAACCCGGUUCGGCCCGUCCCUGCUCCCCGCACCAAGUCAAUGGUGUGCGUCGUCAGCCCGGUCCGGCCUGUUCCUGCUCCCCGCACCAAGCAAGUGGUGCGCUUCAUCGGCCCGGUUCGGCCCGUCCCUGCUCCCCGCACCAAGCCAAUGGUGCGCGUCGUCAGCCCGGUCCGGCCCGUCCCUGCUCCCCGCACCAAGCCUGUGGUGCGCGUCGUCAGUCCGGCACAGCCCGUGCCUGUUCCACUGGUGCCUGGUCCGGCACCGGUCAGCUGCUCCACUCCGGAGCUAGAGCAUUCCGCUCCACCAGUGUUCAGUCCAGCUCCGGCCAGCAGGGCCAGACCGGAUCAGGGGCGCUUUGGGGGGUUAGAGAGGGAGUGGGAGUCAUGCCCGGAGCCGGAUCCACCGCCGAGGCGGAGUGCCCACCCGGUCCCUCCCCUGUUGUGUUUGGUUGGCGCUGCCGGAGUCCGCGCCUUUGGGGGGGGGUACUGUCACGCCCUGGCUCUGGGGACUCUUGUAUGUUGAGCCAGGGUGUUAGGUUCUAGUUUUGUGUUUCUAUGUUGGCCAGGGUGGCUCCCAAUCAGAGACGGCUGUUGCUCGUUGUCUCUGUUUGGGAGCCAUACUUAGGUAGCUGUAAGGCAUUCGUUUGGUGUGGUUUCUUGUUCCUUUUGAUUUGUGUUUGUAUAGAAGGACUUCACGUUUCGUUUGUUGUUUUGUUCGCUGUGGUGUACAAUAAAAUAAAUAUGUACGCAUCUCACGCUGCGCCUUGGCCCACUUCUUUUCAAGACGAUCGUGAAUGAAGAAACCACCACGACUGGUUCAAGCAGCGUGAUGAGGAGAAAGGUUGGAAUUACGAGAAGUGGAGAGAGAAUUGGACGAGAACCAUGGAGGCCUGGUCCACGGGGGAGAGACAAGCCCAGAAAAUUUUUAGGGGGGGGCUCACGCCGUGGACGACGGGGCAGCAGGAGUACGGGAUAGAGUGGUUCAGAGGGUUGGCAGAGGAGGCCGCCAGGUUACGGGAGUUACUGGACACCAGGGGGAAGGAGUAUGUAGAGGCACGGCGAGAGGUACUAGGGUGUGUUGCCAGUCCGGUCCGGCCCGUUCCUGAUCCCCGCUUAGGGCCAGUGGCGUGUGUUCCCAGUACGGUUCGGCCUGUUCCUGCCUCUCGCACCGAGCCUGUGGUGCGCGUCGCCAGCCCGGUCCGGCCUGUUCCUGUCCCUCGCGCCAAGCCUGUGGUGCGCGUCGCCAGCCCGGUUCGGCCUGUUCCUGCUCCCCGCACCAAGCCUAUGGUGCGCUUCGUCAGCCCGGUCCGGCCUGUUCCUGCUCCCCGCCCCAAGCAAGUGGUGCGCUUCAUCGGCCCGGUUCGGCCCGUCCCUGCUCCCCGCACCAAGCCAAUGGUGCGCGUCGUCAGCCCGGUCCGGCCUGUUCCUGCGCCCCGCACCAAGCAAGUGGUGCGCUUCAUCAGCCCGGUUCGGCCCGUCCCUGCUCCCCGCACCAAGCCAAUGGUGCGCUUCGUCAACCCGGUUCGGCCCGUCCCUGCUCCCCGCACCAAGUCAAUGGUGUGCGUCGUCAGCCCGGUCCGGCCUGUUCCUGCUCCCCGCACCAAGCAAGUGGUGCGCUUCAUCGGCCCGGUUCGGCCCGUCCCUGCUCCCCGCACCAAGCCAAUGGUGCGCGUCGUCAGCCCGGUCCGGCCCGUCCCUGCUCCCCGCACCAAGCCUGUGGUGCGCGUCGUCAGUCCGGCACAGCCCGUGCCUGUUCCACUGGUGCCUGGUCCGGCACCGGUCAGCUGCUCCACUCCGGAGCUAGAGCAUUCCGCUCCACCAGUGUUCAGUCCAGCUCCGGCCAGCAGGGCCAGACCGGAUCAGGGGCGCUUUGGGGGGUUAGAGAGGGAGUGGGAGUCAUGCCCGGAGCCGGAUCCACCGCCGAGGCGGAGUGCCCACCCGGUCCCUCCCCUGUUGUGUUUGGUUGGCGCGGCCGGAGUCCGCGCCUUUGGGGGGGGGUACUGUCACGCCCUGGCUCUGGGGACUCUCGUAUGUUGAGCCAGGGUGUUAGGUUCUAGUUUUGUGUUUCUAUGUUGGCCAGUGUGGCUCCCAAUCAGAGACGGCUGUUGCUCGUUGUCUCUGUUUGGGAGCCAUACUUAGGUAGCUGUAAGGCAUUCGUUUGGUGUGGUUUCUUGUUCCUUUUGAUUUGUGUUUGUAUAGAAGGACUUCACGUUUCGUUUGUUGUUUUGUUCGCUGUGGUGUACAAUAAAAUAAAUAUGUACGCAUCUCACGCUGCGCCUUGGCCCGCUUCUUUUCAAGACGAUCGCGACACAAGGCCACUGUCUGUUUCAGUGAUAUGCCAGAAUCCUCUGUGAGGUCCUUUGAGGGACACAGGCGGCCACACAAUUUGAUGGACUGAAGGAGUGCGUGUGUGCAUGUGCCUGUUUGUGCCUGUGCACGAGUGUGUGUGUGUGGAGUGAAACCCGAGAGCGUGCAGUGGCUGUAUGUCAGCUGUCCCUCCUGCCGUUAGGUGUCAGGGUUGUGUGUGUGUGGUGAGGACAGGUGGUCCUCAGGGUGGACUUGAAUGGAGGUUUUCUUCACCAAAGAAAGCCCCAACAAAAGCCCUGUGUGUCUCAGGCCCUACACACCUGCUUCAACACACCCCACAGCGUAACUUAAACUGCUGGGCUUUUCUCUUAGCUCUAAUCUGGCGGCUGCUGUUCAGAUGGGCAGGCACACAUGCACACACUCUCACACACAAAAACACAUACACGCACACACAUAGCUCUGACUUAAUUUCAUUGCACUCAGCUCAUUCUUGGGCAUAUGUACAGCUGCUGUGGCUUGUUUGAGCAUUGAAGGGAGACCAUGUGUAACUGUCCUCGGCAGCUGUGCAGUCUGCAGUCAGAGACAGACAGACACAGAAAGAGACUGAGAGACUGUCUGCUUGUCUUUACUGGAGUUGGCAGGCAGGUGGCUUUACAUUCAUCUGCUUAUUAGCUAGGGUAAGUAAGGCUUUCAGUGAGAAAAAAUGCAUUUAGAGUAGAGGUUGACCAAAGUCCCUGUUGCAGCAGGACUUAGGCCAGGAUUAAAUCCAAUCCGCCUUAGAACUGCAUUAUAGCACGCUUGACAUUUAAAGGUAAUUUCUGCGAACAUUACCUUUAAAACAUGCACUUUCGGAUUGAAUCACAGCCUUAGUCAGAGAACUUAGGUCUACACUUUAUCGUCAUAUACAUAUCAAUAACAGCCCCCUGACACAGCUCCUCUUUAGAAUAGGUUCCUAUUGGCCAGGGUUGGACAACUGUGGUCCUGGAGAGCCACAGGGAUAAGGUGUGAAGGCUUUUGUUUUAACCCAGCUUUUGACUUUGGCACCUCUGCUAUAAGAAACCAGUUGAAUAUAAAUAUUUGUCCUAUACUCCACCUGCUGGCCAGGGGAAGAAGUACAACUGUAUUUCCAGAACCCUUCUCACCAUCAUCUUGAUUCACAGUAACACUCCUCUCUCCCUCUCUCUCCCACAGGGUCCCAUUGCGCCUCCCUCUCUGUUCGCCCCUGCCCCUGGCGGUCCCUGCCCCCCUCCCCCUCCACCACCUCCACCCCCUGGACCCCCACCAGUCUUCACAGGCGAACCGCCCCAGGCCGACAGCACCACGGCCCAGCAAUCAGCUCUCUUCGCCCAGCUGAACCAAGGAGAAGCCAUCACUAAAGGUAGCCAAGCCACCGUCACCCAGGGGUUGAAGAGCUCAGAUCCAACUGCAGAAGGGGGAGAGAGGGAGGGAGGGAAAAGGAGGAAGAGGAGGAGAAACAGAAGGAGGAAGGGAGGGAGAGUUGAAGAGGGAGGAUGUGGGUUGAAUCAACAGUUACAGAGUCCUGAGAGCACCACUGCCCAGCGCUCAGCCCUGUUCGUCCAGCUGAACCAGGGAGCUGACAUCACUAAAGGUAGCCAAGACAGGAGAAACAGAAGGAGGAAGAGGAGGAGAAACAGAAGGAGGAAGGGAGGGAGAAUUGAAGAGAGUUGCUAUGUUGUGAGGACAUAGAAAUAGUCAUUAUAUUUCUAUGGUGUUUAUUUAUCAACAGUUAGGGUCAAAUUUGUUUGAUUUGAGAUCAUCCUUUUUAUUAUAGAUUUUUGCACUAAAACAAUAACUUCUAAACAAGUGAAUACAAGUAAGUACCCUCUCUCUGUCCACUAGCGUUAAAGCACGUCUCAAAGGACCAGAUGACCCAUAAGAACCCCGCCCUUCGCUCCCAGGGAGGAGAGCAUCACUCCUCCCCACCUAAGAGCCGAAACCCCGGAGGCUCCUCCAACAGAGCGCCUCCCCAGAAACGACCCCCCUUGCUGGAGCUGGAGGGGAAGAAAUGGAGGGUGGUACGUUACCUAUUAUCUUGCCUUGCAUGCCAGGCUUCUAAGUUGUCCUAUUAUCUACACUGAACAAAAAUAUAAACGCAACAUGCAACAAUUUCUAAGAUUUUACUGAGUUACAGUUCAUAUAAGGAAAUCAGUCAAUUGAAAUAAAUUCAUAGGCCCUAAUCUAUGGAUUUCACAUGACUGGGAAUACAGAUAUGCAUCUGUUGGUCACAGAUACCUUAACAAAAAGGAAGGGGUGCAGAUCAGAAAACCAGUCAGUAUCUGGUGUGACCACCAUUUGCCUCAUGCAGCACGACUCCUUCGUAUAGAGUUGAUCAGGCUGUUGAUUGUGGUCUGUGGAAUGUUGUCCCAAUCCUAUUCAAUAGCUGUGCGAAGUUGCUGGAUUUUGGCGGGAACUGGAACAUGCUGUCGUAGAUGUCGAUCCAGAGCAUCCCAAACAUGCUCAAUGGGUGACAUGUCUGGUGAGUAUGCAGGCCAAGGAAGAACUGGGACAUUUUCAGCUUCCAGGAAUUGUGUACAGAUCCUUGCGACAUUGGGGCCAUGCAUUAUCAUGCUGAAACAUGAGGUGAUGGCGGCGGAUGAAUGGCACAACAAUGGGCCUCAGGAUCUCGUCACGGUAUCUCUAUGCAUUCAAAUUGCCAUUGAUAAAAUGCAAAUGUGUUCGUUGUCCAUAGCUUAUGCCUGCCCAUACCAUAACCAUGGGGCACUCUGUUCACAACGUUGACAUCAGCAAACUGCUCGCCCACACAACGCCAUACACGCUGUCUGCCAUCUGCCCGGUACAGUUGAAACUGGGAUUAAUCCAUGAAGAGCAUAUUUCUCCAGCGUGCCAGUGGCCAUCAAAGGUGAGCAUUUGCCCACUGAAGUCGGUUAUGACGCGACACUGCAGUCAGGUCAAGACCCUGGUGAGGACGACGACCACUAAGAUGAGCUUCCCUGAGACGGGUUCUGACAGUUUGUGCAGAAAUGUUUCGGUUGUGCAAACCCACAGUUUCCUCAGCUGUCCAGGAGGCUGGUCUCAGACGAUCCCGCAGGUGAAGAAGCCGGAUGUGGAGGUCCUGGGCUGGCGUGGUUACAGGUCGUCUGCGGUUGUGAGGUCGGUUGGACGUACUGCCAAAUUCUCUAAACCGACAUUGGAGGCAGCUUAUGGUAGAGAAAUGAACAUUCAGUUCUCUGGCAACAGCUCUGGUGGACAUUCCUGCAGUCAGCAUGCCAAUUGCACGCUCCCUCAAAACUUGAGACAUCUGUGGCAUUGUGUUGUGUGACAAAACUGCACAUUUUAGAGUGGCCUUUUAUUGUCCCCAGCACAAGGUGUACCUGUGUAAUGAUCAUGCUGUUUAAUCAGCGUCUUGAUAUGCCACACCUGUCAGGUAGAUGGAUUAUCUUGGCAAAGGAGAAAUGCUCACUAACAGGGAUGUAAACACAUUUGUGCCCAAAAUUUGAGAGAAAUAAGCUUUUUGUGUGUAUGAAACAUUUCUGGGAUCUUUUAUUUCAGCUCAUGAAACAUGGGAGCAAAACUUUAAAUGUUUCCUUUAUAUUUUUGUUCAGUAUAAAUGGAGGGCAUGGUUGACCUUAAAAAAAGUAUAGUGAUUCAGGAAAGUUUAGGUGCCUCACAGAUUCAAAGACCAAGACUGCCAUCAGUGUGACUGUACUCUUUCAGAGGCGAUUGUGAUGUCUGGUGCUAAACCCAAUGAGGUCAUCCAAAGGUGGAGGGUCAAACAGAAGAUGGGUCAGACGGUCACAGGUCUUGUUUGUUGUUUCCCCCCACAGGAGUACUUUGACCAGGCUCAUGACCUGGUUAUCGAGGAGACAGAGCUGAGACAGGUGGCCUAUGUCUUCGGGUGCAGCAACUCUACUCUACAGAUAAAGGGAAAGAUCAACUCCAUCAUUGUGGGUGAGUUCAACCAUCCAUUGUUUUAUUUGUUAUAUUAUAGUUAAGUUAUUAAGCUUUUAUUAUGUAUACGGCAACACCAUAUACUGUACAGUGGACAAUUUCUUUGUCGUCUUUGACAGCAUCAAUCCUGUAUGCCUCUUUCUCUCUCUAAUCCCUCACUGAUUUCAUGUUUCAUGUUCACCUCUGACAGAUAACUGUAAGAAGCUUGGUCUGGUGUUUGACAACGUUGUUGGCAUUGUGGAAGUCAUCAACUCUAAGGACAUUCAGUUGCAGGUCAGCUCAAAUUUCAUACAUGUUCAAGAAAAUAUGGCAUCUCUUUCCUCUCUGCAUCUGAAGUUCAACUCUAAUGUACCCGCUAUGAAUAUAUAGUAGAUGUAUAGUACUGACACUUUUAUUUUUAUACGUUAUGUUGGGCCAUGAUUUCUUCUGGUCAGGAUAAAUUCCAAUCCCUAGACUAGUUAUAAGAUGGAAGUAUCUGUGCGGAUGCUCUGCCCCACUUUUGUCCAGGUGAUGGGUAGAGUUCCCACCAUCUCCAUCAACAAGACAGAGGGCUGCCAAGUCUACCUGAGUAAGGACACUCUGGACUGUGAGAUCGUCAGCGCCAAGAGCUCUGAGAUGAACAUCCUGGUACCGCAGGACGAUGAAUAUGUGAGUGUGUAUGAAAGUGUGUUGAGUGCUUGCAUUUCAGACAGUGUGUGUGUGUGAGAGAGAGAGGGUAAGAGAGAGAGGGAGAGAGUAAGUGAGAGAGAGAGUGCAAGUAUGAGACUGAGUGAGAGUGUGGCUAAGUGUGGUUUUGUUUUAAACAUUGUGUGUUUAACAGAGGGAGUUCCCAGUUCCUGAGCAGUUCAAGACAGUUUGGGACGGGUCCAAACUGGUGACAGAACCCACAGAGAUCGCUGGC